CUCUUUCUGAUUCUUGAUUCUGUUUAUCUCUCCCUCUCUCUCUAUCUCUCUCAGUGCCAGAGAAGAACUCAGAGAGAAGAGAAUAGUGAAAAACCAAGCAAAAAAUCCACCCAAUCUCCUUCAAUGCCCAGAUUCCUCACCCUGUAAUCAAACCCCAUAACCAGAUUUCCCGAUUCCUUUACAAAAAUUCAUCCUUUUCGUUUUUCCCUCAUACCUACGCUGCUAUGAAACCAGAACAUCCUCAAGAUCCCUUCUGCGCCGGCGGCAGCGGUGGCGGCGGCGGCAGCGGCAGCGGUUCUUCUCCUUCUUCUGAUGCCAAUCCUCCUAUCCAACCGCCUGCAGUUCAUGGGAAGUCUAAGAUGUGGCCGGAAGAGGACGCAGGUGUCGAUGAGCUUCUCGCUAUGUCUGGUUAUAAGGUAAAAUGUUCAGAUAUGGCGGUGGUGGCGCAAAAAAUUGAACAGCUAGAACAGGUGAUUGGACAAAAUCAGGAAGAUGGGUUAGUUUCUCAUCUAUCUUCUGAAGCUAUUCAUUAUAAUCCAUCGGAUCUAUCUUCAUGGCUUGAAACCAUGAUUUCUGAGAUUAAUCCCCUUCCUGAUUUCUCCCCUUCUACAUCUAAUUCCUCCAUCCUUCUUCCACCCUCCUCCGCUUAUAAUCACUCCAUAUUUGAAGACUCUUCGUCUGAUUACGAUCUCAAAGCCAUACCAGGUAAGGCUAUUUUCCCACACCCAUCGCCGCCACCGCCGCAUCGGCCGAACAAGAGGUUGAAACAAUCUUCAUCAUCUUUUUCUCAGUCAAUCACUUCGCCUUGGGUGAUCCAGAACGAGUCAACUCGGCCUGUUGUUCUUGUAGACUCUCAGGAGAAUGGAAUCAGAUUGGUUCAUGCUCUCAUGGCUUGUGCUGAAGCUGUUCAUCAAAAUAAUCUAAAUCUAGCUGAGGCUUUGGUUAAACAAAUUGGAUUUCUUGCUGCCUCUCAACCCGGCGCCAUGCGUAAGGUAGCCAUUUAUUUCGCUGAAGCUCUCGCCCGUAGGAUCUAUCGACUCUUCCCUGAGGAUCCUUCCGAUUCCUCGUUUACCGAUCUCCUUCAGAUGCAUUUCUACGAGGCCUGUCCUUACCUUAAGUUCGCUCACUUCACAGCGAAUCAAGCGAUUCUCGAAGCAUUUUCUGGGAAGAAACGUGUUCAUGUAAUCGAUUUCAGCUUGAAACAAGGAAUGCAAUGGCCAGCUUUGAUGCAAGCAUUGGCACUUCAACCAGGUGGGCCGCCGACUUUUCGUCUAACCGGAAUUGGUCAGCCGUCAUCUGAUGGGUCAGACCAUUUACAGGAAGUGGGUUGGAAGCUGGCUCAAAUGGCAGAGAUGAUUCAAGUUGAGUUUGAAUUCAGUGGGUUCGUUACAAAUAGUUUAUCCGAUCUUACCCCAUCAAUGCUGAAUCUCCGUGAAGGUGAAGCCGUGGCUAUCAACUCGGUUUUCGAAUUACACGGGCUACUCAGUCAGCAAGGAGGAAUAGAGAAGGUGUUAACUUUGAUAAAAGAGAUGAAUCCGGAAAUAGUUACAGUGGCAGAACAAGAAGCUAACCAUAACGGUCCAGUAUUCCUUGAUCGUUUCACCGAGUCAUUGCAUUAUUACUCAACUCUUUUUGACUCGUUGGAGAGUUGCAGCGGCGAUGAUGGGUCGUCGGAUGUGGUUGUAAGGAUCCAGAAUAUGUUAAUGUCGGAGAUUUACUUAGGAAGACAGAUCUGUAACGUGGUGUCUUGUGAAGGUGGUGACCGAUUUGAGAGACACGAGACUCUGACUCAGUGGAGAGAUCGUCUCAACUCGGCUGGGUUCGAACCAGUUCAUCUGGGUUCAAAUGCUUAUAAGCAAGCAAGUAUGUUACUUGCUCUUUUCAAUGGAGAUGGCUAUAGGGUGGAAGAGAACGAUGGUUGUUUGCUUCUUGGUUGGCAUAAUCGCCCAUUAAUCGCCACCUCCGCUUGGAAAAUCGCUUAGGACUCGGCCGGCGGCCGCCGGCGGCCGGCGACCGGCUGGGUUGGUUGGUGGUCACUUUUACCAUAUUACCCUUACCUUUUUUUUAAUUUAUUUAUUUAUCUUUUUAUGAAUUAAAAUAUCUCCCCAAAUCCAAUUCCAUGUAAUUUGGGCAUGAUUCUUAAAACUCAAUUUCAGUUUUCAACCCUCUUAUGGGGUGGAAUGUUGUAUUUUUCUAUUUGGAUCAAUAUUAGUAUAGAUGUAAUAUAUUUAUAAUAUAUUACAGUCUUAUUUCCUA